AUGCAGGACUACAAGUCAGUGAUGGUUACAGGUAUUGUUGAUGACUUACAAGCAGCUGGAGUAAGAUGUUUUGGACCAUCAGCAAAAGCAGCUCAGCUAGCAUCCAACACCAGUUUGUCCAAAGCUUUUCUGGAUCGACAUGGGAUCCCAACAGCAAGAUGGAAAGCUUUUACCAAUCCCCAGGAAGCCUGUAGGUUUAUUAUCAGCACAGACUUUCCUGCUCGAGUGGUACGGGCGAGGGGCCCUGCAGCUAGAAAGGAAGUGACUAUUGCAGCCAGCAAAGAGGAAGCCUGCAAAGCUGUCCAAGAGAUUAUGCAGGACAGAAUGUUUGGAGAGAUCGUUGUCAUUGAAGAACUUCUUCAAGGGGAAGAACUUUCUUGCCUGUGUUUCACGGAUGGUGUCACUGUUGCCUCAAUGCCCCUAGCCCAGGCCCACAAACGGUUAUUGGAUGGUGACCAGGGUCCAAACACUGAAGGGAUGGGAGCCUACUGCCCAGUUCCUCAGGUACCAGAAGUUCUAGAGAAAAUCAAUGAUGCUAUCCUUCAACAUGUGAUUGAUAGUCUGAGACAAGAAGGAGCAGCAUAUGUAGGUGUGCUGCAGAUGGGGUUAAUGCUUACCAAAGAUGGUGUGAAAAUUUUAAACUUUAAAUGUCAGUUUGGUGACCCCCAGUGCCAGGUAAUUCUUCCACUGCUUAAAAAUGAUUUUUAUGAAGUGAUUCAAGCAGCAAUUGAUGGCAAACUCUGCAGCUUCAUGCCAGCCUGGUCAGAAAACAGUACAGCUGUGUGUGUGGUCAUGGCAAGUCUGGGAUACCCAGGAGACUAUGACAAAGGCAUGGAAGUAACAGGGCUGCUUCAAGCCAAAGAGUUAGGGCUGCAGGUGUUCCAUGCUGGCACAACACUGAAGGAUGGCAGAGUGGUUACAAGUGGUGGCAGAGUCCUCUCCAUUACUGCUGUUAAGGAGGAUCUGAUAACAGCACUGGGAGAAGCCAACAGGGGAGCAGCAGCAAUACGUUUCAAGGGUGCCACUUACAGGAGAGACAUUGGACAUCGGGGUAUUCGACUUCUCAAACAGUCUCUGUAUGUAAGCAAAGGCACUAGCAGUCAUUCAGAAGUAAGAGGCUUUGCUGGUUUCUUUGAUUUAAAAGCAUCUGGUUAUGAUGAUCCUAUCCUGGUAUCUCAAACUAAAGGCCUUGGACCUAAACUUCAGUUUUCUGUAUCUCCCAUCAGCACUGCUGGUUCCUACCAUGUUUUGCAGAUUGCACAAGCGUGUAAGAGACAUGACACCAUAGGUCAGGACCUGGUUGCCUUGUGUGUUAAUGACAUCCUGGCUCAAGGAGCAGAGCCCCUUUUCUUUCUCAUCUAUUUUUCCUGUGGCAAACUUGAUGUCAAAGUGACUGAAGCAAUCAAAGAAGGAAUAGCCGACGCAUGCAGAAAUGCAGGAUGUGCUUUCCUAGGCAGGGAGAUUGCUGAGGUGACUAGCAUGUAUUCUUCUGGAGAGUAUGACUUGGCUGGCUUUGUGGUUGGUGCAGUGGAGCGAGGGCAGAUGCUUUUGGGUCUGCAGCAAGCUGAUGAGGAGGAUGUGUUUAUUGGACUGGCCUCUUCUGGGAUUCAUGGCCGAGCCUUUACCAUCAUAAGGAAGAUACUCUUAAUGUCCUCCCUGCACUACUCCUCCCCAGCACCUGGCAGUUGUGGUGACAAGACUCUAGGUAAAACAUCUUUCUCUGAUGCAAGCCUCCAAAUGGAUCGUGCGUAGACGUUUUCAUAACUAGGUGCUGCCAAGGGUUGUUUAUUUCAACAUGUUUAUUAGUGUUAGUCAGUCUUUGGGAUAGGUAGGUCUUGCUUCGUUAAUUUUGGAGGAGUGGACCAGCACUGUUUGCUAUUUACAAAUCUGUCUGCCAGAAAGAUCAAGCAGAACUAAUUCAAAGAAUCAUUCCCAUCAAAACACGUAAUAAUUUUUUUUAAAAAACUCUUUGAAUUGACAUUUUUGUUUGCAGGAGAUGUAUUGCUGACUCCAGCAAAGCUGUACAGUCCAUCUUUGCUGCCUGUUCUUCGCUCCGGGCAUGUGAAGUCUUUUGUCUUUAUUGCUGAGGAAGGGUUGCUGGAAGGCAUCUCCCGAAUCCUGCCAGACCAUGUCAGUGCUGUCCUGGGUAAAUAUCAAAUAUGACUGUUUCUAUUUGACAAAAUUUAUAUUCCUACUCAUUGAAACAAUGAAAGAGAAGAAAGGAAGCUGCUCAAGUAGUCCAAAAAAGUCAG